AUGGCUGAGAAGGAAGGGCGAUGGCCAUCAUCAUCGAGAGUUUCGUCGGCUUCUUUACGCCCAACGAUCGCUCUACCACCACGAACUUCAAUGGAAAGUCUUUUCACCGGUGGGUUAGGGGUGAGUCCAGGACCGAUGACUUUGGUAUCCAACUUUUUCUCCGACAACGAUCCGGACACGGACUGCCGCUCGUUCUCGCAGCUGCUUGCUGGAGCUAUGUCCUCUCCAGUGGCUACUCCAGCUCAGAGACCUAGCUUUCCGGUGGUGUCAGCGGCGGAGGGUUCUUCAAUGAAGGAUAAGGUCGCUGCUGGUGGUGAGGUGGAUUUUCGGUUUAAGUAUAGUCGGCCGUCCGGCUUGGUGGUCGCGCAGCCGCCAGUAUUUACCGUACCUCCGGGUUUGAGUCCUGCUACGUUGCUCGAUUCACCAGGGCUUUUUCCCCCUGGUCAGGGCUCCUUUGGAUUGUCCCACCAGCAGGCACUUGCUCAGGUUACGGCUCAGGCUGUGCAAGCUCAAGCCCAAAGUCAUAUUGGUCCGGAAUACCCACCCUUAUCAGCACCUCCUGCUGCAUCUAUACGACAGACUCCAUCCUUUACCAACAAUACAACCACACACCAGCAGUUGUCACCACCCAUGCAAGAGCCUAAUGUUAUGAAAGAUUCAUCAGAUUACUCUCAUUCUGAUCAGAGAACCCAACCUUUUUCCUUUGCUGUGGACAAACCUGCUGAUGAUGGGUACAAUUGGCGGAAAUAUGGGCAGAAGCAGGUGAAGGGCAGUGAAUAUCCUCGAAGUUAUUACAAAUGUACUCAUCCAAAGUGUCCAGUCAAGAAGAAGGUUGAACGCUCUCUUGAGGGACAGGUAACUGAGAUUAUCUAUAAGGGGCAGCACAAUCAUCCACCACCUCAAUCCAAUAAGCGUGCCAAAGAUGCUGGAAAUCCAAAUGGAACCUCAAAACUUCAGGGUUACUCUGAUCUGGGUUCCGAAGGUCAGACUGGAAAUUUGAACAAAAUGGUGCCUACUGGGUCACUUUCAAUGAAGGAUCUGGAAUCUAGCCAAACUGCACCUGAACAAUUGUCUGGAUCAAGUGACAGUGAGGAAGGUGUUGAUGCUGAGACCAGAGUAGAUGGAAGGGAUGAAGACGAACCUGAAUUAAAGAGAAGGAACACAGAGGUCAGUGUUUCCGAACAAACUUCAUCCCACCGUACGGUUACAGAACCAAGGAUCAUUGUUCAAACAACCAGUGAAGUCGAUCUUUUAGAUGAUGGCUAUAGGUGGCGCAAGUAUGGCCAGAAGGUUGUUAAAGGAAAUCCUUAUCCAAGGAGCUAUUACAAGUGCACAAGCCCUGGAUGCAAUGUACGAAAGCAUGUCGAGAGAGCUGCGAGUGACCCUAAGGCUGUCGUGACAACAUACGAGGGAAAACAUACUCAUGACGUACCAGCAGCUAGAAAUAGCAGCCACAACACAGCUAACAAUUCUGUGUCAGAGUCGAACCCACACAAUGCUGUAACUGAUAGACAUGCAUUGUUCAAAAGAACAGAAUUUGGGAACCACGAGCAACAGCGUGUGGCUCUUCUGCGGUUUAAAGAAGAACAAAUUACAUAGUUUCUAAAAGUUUCAGACACGGAAAGAUAACGAAGAUGACAGCGCGAAUUACACAAAUAUUUUUACAUUUGGUUAGAUAUAUUCUCAUGCUUGAGCCUGAAGUUUUGAUCCAUACAACUGCUAAAACACAUACAAAAUAGGAAUCAUCUGUUAGUCCAAAACAAAAGGCUGUUGGAAUGAAUAAUCAAGUGUUGCUUGUAAAUUACUUUUCAUAGCAUAAUGGUUGUUGAUGUUAUUAUGUGCAUUCUUUUGUAAAUGCAAUACGGAAGUAAUGUAUCUGAAAUGAUGGUUUUCUUUUGCAUACAAAAUCAAAGACAGGUAUGUGGAAAUUCUUAGUUUUCU